GGGCUUCAAUUGCCAACACUUCCAACCAACGCCCGUAUUUGAGGCGUCCCACCCACUCAGCUUUCGUGUGGUCACACAUGGUGGGUGGUGGCGAAAAGAGAAAGAUUUAACUUUUCCGUUUCCCCUGGCUUAAAGAAAGCAUAAAAAGUAGAAGAUCUUAGAUAUAAAAAAGUGGAAAGAUGAAGCUAUCAAUCAUCGAAACGCCAACAAAUGGAUCCAUCUCUUUUAGCCGUCUGCCCCUUCCUCCUUGCUUUCUUUCCUGCUACUUAUCUCUACACCCUUAUGCUGCUACCACGUUAAUUUAAAACCAAAACUCUGUCUUUCUCAAUAUGUGAGUGUGUUAGGUAGUAGGCCAUAGCUCCCACUUAUUAACUCAUUUCUGCUUUUCUAAGCACAGAUAUUUGUCUUUCUCUGUAUACAAUACCACAUGGUAUGGGCGUGCAUGUAUAUAUUUUACUAAAAUAAAACCCCAUCCACCAUUCAUCGUAUGUUAUUUCCUUUUUUGGUUAAACAAUACAAACUCGAGAUUCCUGCUUGCUUCUUUCUGUCUUCUUUCGUCUUCUUCUUCACUCCUAACUUUUGCUUGCUCUUCCAACUCCUGCACUUACAGUCGGACUUCUACACAAGCGUAGGAAGGCUCUUCUUCUACUCUACUUUCUUAUUCAUUGGAGGUCUGUCUGCCUUGUUGAUCUUCUACCCCUCGUCGAUUAGAUUCUAAAAAUUAAUUUCGUUGGAACAAAUGGGAGACGAAAACCCAGAUGCUUCUUCAAACAAAGCCCCCUCUGUUUCUCAGGUGGUAGAACAGUUGAAAGAGCUGUGGGGUAUGACCUUACCGGUAACUACCAUGAACUUCUUGGUAUUUCUUAGGCAGGUGGUCUCUGUCAUGUUCUUGGGCAGAAUUGGUAGCCUGGAGUUAGCAGGUGGUGCACUUGCAAUAGGAUUUACAAAUAUCACAGGCUAUUCUGUUAUGGUGGGUUUAGCUGCUGGGUUAGAACCCAUAUGCAGCCAAGCCUACGGAAGCAAAAAUUGGGAUCUCCUCUGUCUUUCUCUGCAACGCAUGAUCUUAAUCCUCCUCGUUGCAACCAUACCCAUCGCCGUUCUCUGGAUCAAUCUCGACAACAUCAUGGUAUUUUUAGGCCAAGAUCCACAAAUCACAGGGAUGGCGGCUAUUUACUGUAUCUAUUCUCUUCCAGACCUUUUAACAAACACCUUGCUGCAACCAUUAAAAACAUUUUUAAGGUCACAAAAGGACACGAAACCCAUGAUGUAUUGCACUCUAGUAGCAGUUGGCCUUCAUGUGCCUCUGAACUACAUGAUGGUGGUGGUGCUUGGGUUGGGAACGCAAGGAGUGGCGAUAGCUUCGGUGCUAACAAAUAUGAACAUUGCGGGAUUGAUGUCAGGAUACGUGUGGGUAUGGGGGAGGAAAGGUGAGAUGAGAUGGACGUUGAAGGUGGGAGAGGUUUGUGGAGGCGUGGGGCCGGUGCUGAAGUUGGCUGUACCGAGUUGCUUGGGAAUAUGUUUGGAGUGGUGGUGGUAUGAAAUAGUGACAGUGUUGUCUGGUUAUUUGUCCAACCCAACGUCGGCUGUGGCCGCCACUGGGAUUCUCAUCCAAACUACAAGCAUGAUGUACACAGUACCCUUGGCUCUCGCUGGUUGCGUCUCCGCCAGGUUUUUCAGUCAUUAUCGGUCAUGGUCAACUGCCGUCUCUUUCUCCUUUGAUUGGUUAUUUUGUUUUCUUACACGGAUGUAUAUGUACUCCAUAUCUUCAAAAAGGCAUGAGAUGCUUAAUGCGUUUUCCCACUUUAGAUUAGACUUUAGUGGUUCUUACUCUGGAGGUGAUCGGUCUCUGUCCACCGCUGCCCGUGCACGGGUACUUCUCUCUAUAGGGUUGGAGAACUGGGAAGGAGGUGGGUGUGCACGUGUACGGAGGGAUAGAGGGAACGAGCUGGGAAGUGGAAAGCCGAAGAAAGCGAAGGAUGCAGCGGUGGUGGCAUUGGGAUGUGCAUUUGUAAUAGGCGGAAUCAACGUGACGUGGACGGUGAUUCUGAGGCGCACAUGGGCCAGGCUUUUCACAGACGAUUCGUUGGUUCAAUCAUUGGUGUCUUCAGCUUUGCCAAUCAUAGGCCUGUGUGAGCUUUGGAACUGCCCCCAGACCACGGGAUAUGGCAUCCUGCGUGGCACUGCCCGCCCUGCUGUGGGCGCUCGUAUCAACUUGGGGUGUUUUUACCUGGUGGGCACCCCUGUGGCUGUGGGGCUGGCCUUCGGGGUUAGAGUUGGGUUUGUUGGGCUUUGGUUUGGGCUGCUAUCGGCCCAGGUCGCCUGUGCUGUGUCCAUGCUCUACGUGGUUCUGGCGAAGACUGAUUGGGAGGGUGAGGCCUUGAAGGCGAAGAAGCUGACUGGUUUGGAAAUGAGUGCCACCACCAAUGGCAAUGGUGCAGAAGAGGAAACCAAAGAACUGCUGGUUCAUGAAAAUGGGCAUCAACAUAUUGCGUUGUAGGGUAGGGAGAGCGACAAAUGAUGUAUAGAUUGGGCGUUGUUGGUUGGGUUUAGGCUUUGAAUCAGUGCUGCUGGCAGCUAUCUAUUUCUUA